AUGGAAACCUCGCUCACUGAAAAGGAGAAGGAGAAGUUGAAGAAGGCCCCUAAGAGUAGACGCAUAAUGGAGGAAAACGGAGACACUGCCAAGCUUGGGUCAGAAAGAGCCAGGGCAAGGAGGAGGAGAAGAUUGACUUCCAGGAGCUGCUGUUCAAAUACCUACCAUCCAGGUAUUGUCAUGAAAUUUCAAGGGGAAACUUUCAACACAUUGCAAGUAUAUAUUCUUAUUGGAUGAUAACUAGGCUCUUCUGUUCCACUCACACUGAAGAAGUUUGACCUUGAGGAUGAUGACGUGAGCCUGAGUAACCUGGAGGCCCAGUGUGAAAUCAAGCAGGACUUCUAGCUGCUCCAUGGCACAAGCGGCAUGCCUUUAGACUCUAUUAAAUACAUGGAUUCAGGUACAUGUCUUAUGUAAAUAACGCCACGCUGCUUGCUUAGCGAGUACAGCUUCCUCCUGAUUCGGUUUAUGCUGAGGCUCGAACCCAGGACCUCUGCCUCACAAAUUGCAUCAUGUGACCGCCCUCCUGAAGCGUCUUACCCAGUCGCGCCACCGAAAAGCUACCUAUUCGGCAGCGCAAGUGGAGACACUUCAGGCUGAGGAGUGAGUGUCACAGAGCCCCAUCUGUAACAUUUAUACAAUCCUCUGACUGAAAUGCAGAGUCGAUGUCAAACAUCUCAUGGGAUUUACAUUGUCUUACUCUUUCCUCAUCCCCAGAACAACAGGAUGUCCACAACUUCCUGCUCAAUAAUAUGAGCAACGGUGGGAUAUUAGAGUUGAUGAUGCGCUAUCUGAAAGUGGUGGGUCAGAGGUUCAUGGAGGAGUGGCCUCGUGGGCUGACUGCAGUGGUGCUGGAGGUGUAUCAUAGUUGGAGGAAGCACAGUAGUGGCCUGCCCAACUCUCUACUCUGCAACUGCAGUAAUCAACACAUACGGGUAUGGGACAUCUAUUCUGACUCUUCUGAUUUGUUACUUCAUUGACAGUGUUUUUAGUUGAAGUACUUACAUCUCUGCCUAUGUUUUUUCAGUCCACCUAAUGCGAAUGUCAAUCGGUCUGUAAGAGAGUUGUGAUUGGUGUUUUAUGCAGGAAAUGUUGCUGAUGAGCCUAUCAUGUAUGGAGCUUCAGUUGGAGCAAUGGUCUCACAGCAAAGGCAAGAACGGUACGUGUCAAACAGAGAGCUGUACUUUGGUAUUCCUUAAUGAAAUAUCGGUUUCUGUUGGUUUCUUUCUUUUACAAAAACCAUAUUGGUGUAUUCCUUUCUUCGUUUUUAUUGUGAAGGGUCCCCAAGAAAGUGCAGUGGGGGCCAGAGCAGUGUUGUGUGUGUGAUGCAGAGUUCUCAGGGCAGCACUUUGAGGGGGACCUGUUACAGCUGGUCCUGGGAUCAUCACAGGGGAACCUGUUUGAGGAGAACUGGCUGGCCGUGGUGGUGCGUGUUUACUGGCUCAAGGCAUGCUUCUUGGCCCUGCAGGUAACCUUCACAUUCAUCCUGCAACAUAAUUUACCCCAGUUUCCUUGAAUAUUUACCAUAUCACUUGAAUAUUUGUUUCUAGUAUCAUACUGAGUUGACCUCUUACCCCAUACAUCUCACAUAUUGAUUUGUCUUAAUCAUUGAAACCAAUCUGAUCUACAUUUUCUGAUCUACAUUUUCUAUUGACAUGUGACUUGUGACCUCUCACAGGGAGACAUGGGCCAGGCCCUGGAGAGCUAUGAUGUGUGUACAGGCAUGUUGCAGAGUCACGCACGGACCACAGAGGAGGACAAGUACACCAUCUACAUGCCCAACCUGCGUGUGGAUGCAGCCAUCUCGGUGGAGGAGGUCAGUGGAACGGCUGAACAGUAAAACUAUAGCACAAAUACUCUAUUUGAAUAACAUGCACUUGGCCCUCAAUUGUGAUGUAUUAUUUUGUCCAACCAUCCCAUUAGAGCGUGUAGUUCCCCUGUGGUUUUGAGUUGUUUGGUUCAUCAGAAAGCGUUCCCAUCUCCCCAUUGCAUGGACAGAUUGAUAAGAAGCUGAAGUUUCUGGAGCGUUGUCAGUCCCUGGAGGAGAUCCAGCGUCUGUUUGAGUCUAGGGACUAUGAGUCUGUGGUGCGGCUGCUGCAGCCCACCCUCAGCUAUGGCUCUGGGCGGGUCAAGCCUCUGGAGUUUGUCAGCUCUGUGCCUGAGAGGCCUUCCCAGCUGCUGCUGGCUCUUUUAGUGUCAAUAAGUCUUUCUCUUUGUGGCAUCACUACUAAUCAGUGUGGUACCAACGUAGGAAAGCGGUAUUAAAUGCUUAGCACAUCGGUACAUUCUAUAAGCAUGUCUGUCAAUACUAAUCAGUGUGGUAGCGACAUGGCAAACCAGUAUUAAAUGCUUCAUCAGUACAUUCUAUGACAUUUUUCCUCUUUCCCUGGCGUCUCUGCCCCAGAACUCCCUUUUGAAACUGAAGGACUACCGUCAGUGUCUGGAGUGCACCGAGGUGGCCCUGAAUGAAGCCCUGCAGCAGCUCAACUCUGUCCCAGUCAGCUCUCACCAGGGGUUCUCUACCAUCACAACGCUGCUGGGAGGCAUCAAGGUCUGCUUCACAGUGGACUCUCAGCUCCUGAGCAACGUCAACCGCUACACCAGCAUGGCCCGGCUGGCCAACAACCUCAUCCAGGUCAGACACGCACAGGGGCAACACUCACACUAAUAUACCUGGUAGACACAGAGUGUGUUUGGAAACAGAAAAUUAUAUAUAAAUGUGUUGUGUGUCUUGUCUCCAGCUGAAUGACUGCAGCAUGGUGAUCCCAGAUGAUCCCAAGAAGCCUUAUUUCUCCUCGGUCAUGCCCUGGAUUCUCCUGCACCACAUGAUCAAGCACGAGGAGGCUGCCUUCAACUGCCUGCUUCGCCAGAACAUAUCUACAGGGGACGAUGACGGUACACUACAUGACCAAAAGUAUGUGGACACCUGCUCGUCGAACAACUCCAUAAUCAUUGGCAUUAAUAUGGAGUUGGUUCCCCCUUUGCUGCUAUAACAGCCUCCACUCUUCUUGGAAGGCUUUCCAUUAGAUGUUGGAACAUUUCUGCGGGGACUUGCUUCCAUUCAGCCACAAGAGCAUUAGUGAGGUCGGGCACUGAUGUCGGCGUUCCAAUUCAUCCCAAAGGUGUUUGAACCUCAAAGCUCAUCACUAAGCUAAGGAUCCUGGGACUAAACACCUCCCUCUGCAACUGGAUCCUGGACUUCCUGACGGGCCGCCCCCCAGGUGGUAAGGGUAGGUAACAACACAUCUGCCACACUGAUCCUCAACACGGGGGCCCCUCAGGGGUGCGUGCUCAGUCCCCUCCUGUACUCUCUGUUCACCCAUGACUGCAUGGCCAGGCACGACUCCAACACCAUCAUUAAGUUUGCCGACGACACAACAGUGGUAGGCCUGAUCACCGACAACGAUGAGACAGCCUAUAGGGAGGAGGUCAGAGAUCUGGCCGUGUGGUGCCAGGACAACAACCUCUCCCUCAACGUGACCAAGACAAAGGAGAUGAUUGUGGACUACAGGAAAAAAAAGAGGACUGAGCACGCCCCCAUUCUCAUCGACGGGGCUGUAGUGGAACAGGUUGAGAGCUUCAAGUUCCUUGGUGUCCACAUCACCAACGAACUAUCAUGGUCCAAACACACCAAGACAGUCGUGAAGAGGGCACGACAAAGCCUAUUCCCCCUCAGGAGACUAAAAAGAUUUGGCAUGGGUCCUCAGAUCCUCAAAAAAUUCUACAGCUGCACCAUCGAGAGCAUCCUGACUGGUUGCAUCACCGCCUGGUAUGGCAACUGCUUGGCCUCUGACCGCAAGGCACUACAGAGGGUAGUGCGUACGGCCCAGUACAUCACUGGGGCAAAGCUCCCUGCCAUCCAGGACCUCUAUACCAGGCGGUGUCAGAGGAAGGCCCUCAAAAUUGUCAAAGACUCCAGUCACCCUAGUCAUAGACUGUUCUCUCUGCUACCGCACGGCAAGCGGUACCGGAGUGCCAAGUCUAGGUCCAAAAGACUUCUCAACAGCUUCUACCCCCAAGCCAUAAGACUCCUGAACAGCUAAUCAUGGCUACCCGGACUAUUUGCACUGCCCCCCCACCCCAUCCUUUUUACGCUGCUGCUACUCUGUUAAGUAUUUAUGCAUAGUCACUUUAACUCUACCCACAUGUACAUAUUACCUCAACUAGCCGGUGCCCCCGCACAUUGACUAUGCAACGGUACCCCCCUGUAUAUAUAGCCUCCCUACUGUCACUUUAUUCUAUUGUAUAUAUAGCCUCCCUACUGUCACUUUAUUUUUUACUUCUGCUCUUUUUUUCUCAACACUUUUUUGUUGUUGUUUUAUUCUUACUUUUUUGUUUAAAAUAAAUGCACUGUUGGUUAAGGGCUGUAAGUAAGCAUUUCACUGUAAUGUCUGCACCUGUUGUAUUCGGCGCAUGUGACCAAUAAAAUUUGAUUUGAUUUGAUUUGAUGGGGUUGAGGCGCUGUGCAAGCCAGUCAAGUUCUUCCACACCGAUCUCAACAAACCAUUUCUGUAUGAACCUCGCUUUGUGCACAGGGGCAUUGAUAUGCGGAAACAGGAAAGGGCCUUCCCCAAACAGAAUCGUCUAGAAUGUCAUUGUAUGCUGUAGCGUUCAGAUUUCCCUUCACUGGAGCUAAGGGGCCUAGCCCGAACCAUGAAAAACAGCCUCAGACCAUUAUUCCUCCUCCACCAAACUUUCAGUUGGCACUAUGCAUUGGGUCAGGUAGCGUUCUCCUGGCAUCCGCUAAACCCAGAUUCAUCCGUCAGACUGCCAUAUGGUGAAGCGUGUUUCAUCACUCCAGAGAAUGAGUUUCCACUGCUCCAGAAUCCAAUGGCGGCGAGCUUUACACCACUCCAGCCGACCCUUGGCAUUGCGCAUGGUGAUCUUAGGCUAGUGUGCGACUGCUCGGCCAUGGAAACCCAUUUCAUGAAGCUUCCGACAAACCGUUCUUGUGCUGAUGUUGCUUCCGUAGUGAGUGUUGCAACCGAGGACAGAUUAUUUUUACGCGCUACAUGCUUCAGCACUCGGCAGUUUCCCGUUCUGUGAGCUUGUGUGGACUACCACUACGCGGCUGAGCCGUUGCUGCUCCUAGAAGUUUUAACUUCACACUAACAGCACUUACAGUGGACCGGGGCAGCUCUAGCAGGACAGAAAUUUGACGAACUGACUUGUUGGAAAGGUGGCAUCCUAUGACGGUGCCAUGGUGAAAGUUACUGAGCUCUUCAGUAAGGCCAUUCUACUGCCAAUGUUUGUCUAUGGAGAUUGCACGGCUGUGUGCUCGAUUUUAUACACCUGUCAGCAACUGGUGUGGACUGAAAUAGCCUAAUCAACUCAUUUGAAGGGGUGUCCAAAUACUUUUGUGUAUAUAUAGCGUAUGUGGUGGUGAAGUCCAUCCUGUUCAUAACUGCUAUGAUGCCCUGUUUAAAUCUAUGCUGGAAGCCCUAAAAUAUGUUGUUGUUUCCUGUGACCUUCUUCAGAUUACUCUAACACCCCCAUUCUGCCCUCCUCCCUGAUGCUGCUCAACACUGCCCAUGAAUACCUGGGCCACCGCUCCUGGUGCUGCAACUCAGACGGAGCUCUGCUCAGGUUCUAUGUGAGUCGGUCAACAGAGCUGAGAUUGUGUGGACGUCCUUUGUCAGCUCAGUCAAUUCUCUCUGUUUUUGUUUUCCUAUGAUAUGGUUUUAAUUCGUUUCUAAUGGCUUUUACGUAUUUUUCAUAGUUUAAUCAGGAGAGAACCUUUCCUCAGUGUUGUCUUCAUGUUCAUGGUUCAGGUUCAUGUUCUGGAAAAAGAGGUGUGUCUCUCUAAAGUGGAGGAUACCCAUCCCUACAAAGAGGAGUUGGAGAUGGCCUUGGACCAGUGGUUCUACUGCCUGUACGCCUACCCCAGCAAGAAGAGCAAGGCCUGCUAUCUAGAAGAGCACUCUGUUAAACAGGUCAAACACCCAGCCCUCUUAAUGUCAUAUUACUGACUGUCAAUCUUUCAAUGCCAUUCACAUUUCUGUUGUCCAAUUGUUUUGAGAGGAUUAGCUAAUGGAGAUUGUGUAAUGUAUUCAACUGGCCACUAGGUGGCUGUCAAUUCCACAUUAGGUUGUUUACACAUGGAUUGGCUUGUAGUGUAACUGUGAUAUGCAGUAAUUGCAUGAUGAAUAGACUCUGCUCCAAAGGGACCAGGUUCAUUAGUUAAUGAAUGCAGUCCCCCGACUAAUUAACUACUGGUUGGUCAUCUGAGUCAUACGACCCAGGAACUCCACUAGAACAGGUCAAUACAUGAGUAAGCAAGCAAUUGAUUCACUUUCAGGGAGUUUGAGUGAGAUUAAUUAUCUGAUUGCCUUUGCAUGAGAAUGUACCAGCCUGUGCUGUUAGUCCCUUAUCAUGCUAGAGGGAUUCACCAGGGAUUUACUUAGGAACAGUUGAAUCUUUGGGAAAUCUCUUUGGGGGCUAGUUUUAAAAAGUGUGUGUUAGUACUAUGAUUUCUUUUUAACAGUACAAUAUAAAUGUUUUGCUUAUCUUCAUAACUAACUGUGUUUUUCGAUGGAGAGCAGGUGGAAGUCCUUUGGAGCAACGCCCUCUUCAUGUUGCAGUACUUCAAGCCCAAGAUUCUGCCUCAGUUUGACAGCUACAAGACGAGCAUGGUGUCUGCUGACCUGGCCAACCUGCUGAAGAGGAUCUCUGGCAUUGUGCCCCACAGUGACACUCCCAUCCUCACCAUGGAUGAGGUGUCAGCCUACAUCGAGGGCACGGCCGGGAAGGUCAGUACAGGGCAUCCAUGAGGUGCAAAUGCUAAUUGACUGGAUGUAGCCUCAGCCUGGCUUUACAUGUUGCCAUGGAGAACUGUUUAGCAGGGUUGGGGUUAAUUCCUUACAUUUUAUUCUAAUUCAAUUUCCUCUCCCUGUAAAUUCCAUUUCAUUCAAUUUAAAUUCCAGGUCACUCUCUGAAUUCAGAGAAUUUGAUUCCAAUGUUAGGUAAAUUCCAAUAAUUUAAUUCCCAAUUCAAUAUUAUACCCAACAAUUCCACAAAUUCGAAUUCAAUUCUCUCAGGCUUUCAGGCCGAUUAUGUCACUGUUCAGAUUGCCUAGCUAUACUAGAAAUAUAGAAAUACAAGUUGAAAUAAUUUAAAAACAAAUCCUGAGGUCAUUUUUUGUGAAUUAAUUCCAUUAACUGUGAAUCGUACAAAUAUUGAAUUCCAAAGAUUACAAUUUCAAUUCCAAUUCAAACACUCCAAAUAGUGCACUGUGUUCUACUUUUCUAAACUUAAUGGAUGUCACUUCUGGUCAUGCUGUGUGUGAAUUCAUUGUUUAGUACAUUGAUCUAUCUAAUAGAGAGAAAUCACUGUUGACAGUAGUGGAUAUAAUGUGUCUGUGUGUAUUUCAGAUGGAGGAGAGGAGAGAUACCAUGCUGGAGACAUCGUCCCAGUGUUUCCAGGGGGCGUCUCAUUGUGAGGGGGAUAGUGAUGAGGAAGAGUGGCUCAUUCACUACAUGCUGGGGAAGAUAGCUGAGAAACGCAAGCAGCCACCCUGGGAAUACGUCCAGCUCUACAAACAGGUGCACAGCAGGGGACACUAUCUGUAGACUCCAGUGAUUCAUAGGUCUGCCUUGCAGACUAGAUUUAUACAGACAGGGGGAGCCCUAGGGCUCAAAGGAGCGGGAAUCUUCAUGGAGGUCAGUACAGUGGAAGAGGGGGAAGGGGAUGUGAGUUAUAGGGAAACUGGGAAGUCAGAGGUCAGAUGAUGCAGCUCUGUCUGUAUGUCUUUCCCUGUCACCUUCACUGCUUCUUCACCUUUCCAGACCCAGUACUUCCAUUCUAUACCUCCAUUCUAUAGCUUAGAUUAGAAUCACUAUGUAUCUGUUUGUUUUUCUGUUUUUCCAGUACAUUAAAGGCUGAUAUUUGACCAUUGAAAGAUAUUGACCAUGGCAACCAGUGUUUCAUCCAGAUGAGGAUCUGAUGCUCUCUCCUCUCUUUUGCUUCCCAUGCAGGCAGCACAUAAUCUGCACGAGGAGGCUGCCAGAUAACCCCAAAAGAUACACUACCACAAUCACCCUGACUUGGCCAUGGAGGUACACAUGCUUUAGACCAGAGGGUUUCUAGGUCCAGUCCCCACUGGGCCAUUACAUACAGUUGUGCUUUUGCACAUGAAGCUACCACUUCUGAAAAUAUAGUUUAUGGCUGUAUUCAUCUAGAAUGAAUGACAUGCAAGUGUCUUUUUUGUGCAAUAGUAGAUAUAUAUCGAGAGUAUACCUCGUGUUAUUAAAGCUGUGUGACUCUCUGGCAUCUCUCUCCAGCUAGCUGGACAUCCGUCUGAGUGCCACUAUCCUCAAGCUGCUGGAGGCUGAGGAACCGGACCUGGAGCAUGAGAUCUUCUUCGACAUCCUGGCAGAGGCGGCCACUGAACCCUUCGCCUGGGGGGGAAGAGAAGAGCAUGCCCAAUUCCAACGAAAAGUGAGGGGCCUCAACCUUUGA